AAUCAUGCCAUGUAUAUCAAUGAUUCGGCAGUUUUAAACCUCAAUGCAUGAAUCGAUAGAACUUUGGACAAUUAGUAUUAAACUUCAUUAUUCAAUGAUCGUUGCUUGAUGCAUCGUCGAGGACAGAUCUGACUGCGCGGUGUUGAAAAAGAGACCAUGGAUGGCGUAAGAAAAGAUGGCCAUUCGGUAGAUGAGGAGGAUACCAAUCAGGUCAAGGUAUUCCUGUGGUGCAGCCCUCGGACCGUAUCAACUGCCUUGACUAAAUGCAUGAGUUUUAUCGAAGGAAUAGAGAUCUGGUCGGAACCAUUUGUCUAUUGUUAUCUGUCGUCCAAAGAAGUGAAGAAGAAACUCAAUAUCGAUCUUCCUUUCGUUCUCGAAGGUAACGAAGACAUAUACGCGAAGACCACGGAGCUCAUACGGACCUUCACAGGGUCCAACGUCGUCACCGAACGAAUUGUGUACGCUAACGUCAAACCAAGGCUGGAGGCAGCUAGAGGGCGCUUUGUCUUUGUCAAAGACAUGUGUCUUGGUAUCAGCAAGGAAACCUACCAAUAUCUUCCCAAAGGCUUCAGACAUACGUUUCUCAUUCGUACGCCAGAGAGGGCCCUAUACUCCUUCCGUAACUCAUACUACCAUCACGGUAAAUCUCACGGCCUCCUGGAAGGUCCCGCAGCCGACUACGACACAUUCGAUGUCACUUGCGACGAUCCGCACACGGACGACGGCUACUAUACCCUGGCAGUCUAUGAGUUCUGGAAGUACGUCCGCUCUGAGUUGGAAGAGGAACCCAUCGUCAUCGACGCCGAUGAUCUUCUGACACAUCCAAAGGAGAUGUUGAAGAAGUAUUGCGAGUUGGUUGGCCUUCCCUUUAGCGAGUCGCUUCUCCAGUGGGACUCGUCCUUAGACACCUUCAAGACAUGGAAACAGUGCGGGGACGACCAACUGAUGCAGAUGGCGGAUUUCUACGGCAGGGCGAUGCACAGUUCAUGUUUCAUGCCGCCAAGCAAACAGGUACCACGUGACCAAAUGACUCCUGACGUCAUAAAGGGAAUCGAGAUGACGAUGGCCUCGUAUCAGGAGAUGUACGAGCAUCGGAUCAAAAUUUAGAGACAUCUUUGACAUAAAACAUGUGUAGGGGUUUGCUUUUAUUUCUUCAUCUAUGCAUUUCAUAUAAUCGAAGAUUACAAAAAUAGUCAGGCGCGGAUCUCGGGGACAUAACUUAGGGGCACUUGCCAUCCUUACUUUCUCAAAAUCUGAAUUUAAACAAUACUCUGUGGUAUGCUCUUUCCCUUCUGAUUUUGUGACCCUCUAUAGGAUAAGUGAGGAUGAAAAUAAGUCCCCUUUUGUCUUUUUUAAAGGUUGCUUGAAAAUUUUUUGAGGCAGAGCAAGUAACUGAUUUAGAAAAGAUGACACCUUUCCCCCUCAGCAGGAGGGGGUGGAUCACAAAUAAUUGUGUGUUCCCUUCUGAAAUUUUGGCUCUAACCCUGAUCAUAAUACGUAAUAAUAAUCAAAAUAAUUUAUGAUUAAAAAUAGAAUAAAAGAGUAAAUAGAAAAUCAUUGAAAACUUAAUUUUAUAAAAAUACGAACAGUGAAGUCUGUCAUCACAAGCAAAGGCCGCCUACCUCCAGAGAUAAACUCGUCUUACGACCAAAAGAAAUAGGCCUAUUAUACUAUAAAAUACAAAUAAGACAUGUCGGUUGAUUUAUGUUAUCUAUAUUUUUGGAAAAGUUUCCAGGUCAUUUUGUUUCUAUUGACAAUAUGAGGAGUUCUAUUCAUCAAAUUCAAAUCUCAAUAAAUAAAGUGUGCAUUUUGCUUUAUCCCUUUUGCUGUACAUUCAGAAAAUGGAGAAAUUCUAAUUUGAAAUUCCAUUUAAUUACUGUUCACUAUAUGAUUUAUACACAUGUACCUAUUAUAGGUAAAUUGCCAAUUCGUCUAUUGCCAGCUCGUCCACUCAUCACGCGGUCUACCUUCAUUUUUUCUGUCCAUUAACAUUUCGUCUUACAACUAUUUGGUCCAAUCAUCACUUCGUCUAAUCACCUGUUCGUCAAUGAACAUCUCGUCUCAAUACCAGUUGGUCUAAUAUCAAUUUUAUUUUCAUUCAUUUCGCCCAAUUUACACUUAGCCCAAUUACACCAAAUGGUGUAUGGACUAAAUGGCUAUUGGACCAACUGGUUAGUAGACCAAAUAGUUAGUGGACGAAAUGGCAAUGAGACCAUGUGGAUAGUGGAUGUACUGAUGGUAGACCAAAUGAUAGUAGACGAGUUGGUAAUUAGACUAAUUGGCAUUUAGACCAAUUGAAAAUAAACCACUAUUAUGUACAUCCCGCACUAAUUUAUAUAUUUUUAACGAUACAUAAUGCAGACUUGGAAUCUAAGAAACCAGCAACCGAAUAUUAAAACGGCUAUCGUGGUAUACGAAUUUA